CCGGAGACUUUUAGGGCCUUCCCAGACUGUCACCUGGGUGCCGCGGCGCCGGUGGGAGGAAGAAGCCGUCCUAGCUGUGUGUAGUCCUCGCGGCCAGCGGGAAGCGAGCGCCCUCUCGAAAGCCCAGGGGUCCCGAGACCCCUCUUACCAGCGCCAUGGCAGUUCCAGGUUGCAACAAGGACAGUGUCCGAGCAGGCUGUAAAAAAUGUGGCUAUCCUGGUCACCUGACUUUUGAAUGCCGCAAUUUUCUCCGAGUAGACCCCAAAAGGGACAUAGUUUUGGAUGUCAGCAGCACAAGUAGUGAAGAGAGUGAUGAAGAGAAUGAAGAACUGAAUAAACUGCAAGCAUUACAAGAAAAAAGAAUAAAUGAAGAAGAGGAGAAGAAAAAAGCAAAAAGCAAAGAGAAAAUCAAGUUGAAAAAAAAAAGGAAAAGGUCUUAUUCAUCCAGUUCCACUGAAGAGGACACUUCAAAACAAAAGAAACAAAGAUAUCAGAAGAAAGAAAAGAAAAAAGAGAAAAAGAGUAAGUCAAAAAAGGGGAAGCAUCACAAAAAGGACAAAAAGAAGAGAAAAAAGGAAAAGCAUUCCUCUGCCCCUAAUAGUUCUGAAAUCUCCAAAAAGUAACUGAGACUUUGGCCUGACCCAUUAAAUUUAAAAAUAUGGUUUUGAAAAUUAUUAGACUUUCCUUGAAAUUUGCUAUAUAAUUAUGCUUGGCAAUAAAUCACAGCCUUUUCCAUAUAGACAUUUUUUCAUAUAUGGGGCCAUUACUGUCUGGCAGUAUUUUAAUGUACUAUGAUUAUAGAGUAUUGAAUCAGUCUUAUUACCUGAUAGCCAUGCCCCAAGUAUGGAUAUUUGUGCAACAAAACUCAUCGUUUUUGGUAUUCCUCUGUGUGUGUGUCUGGCUAGUGUUAUUACUUUAUAAGUUGAUUGUAAAUGGCUUUACUACAGUCAACACAGGCAAUAUACUUAGCAGUUAAUGAGUACUGCUGAAUUAAGUGUCCACCUUCCAGUGUUAAAGUGAGGUAGGGGAUAAUGCUUUGCGCUUGACACUGAAAAUUUUCAUAGCUUUAUAUCCUAUGAUAAUGUAUAAUGAGAGUGAAGUUUUUCACUGUUGUUUUUAAAUCUUGGCUUUUUUUGGAUGUCACAGGAGAUGAAGCUGCUUUAUUGGUCUUGACUAGAACUUUUUAAAUGAAUGGCAUCAGCAGGAAGAUGAUAAUGAAAGUAUUUAUAACAAAAUUUCACUGUUUUCUGAGAUGCAGAGUUUCUAGUACCUGCCUCCUUGGUUUUUGUAACAAAAUAUUUCUUCCUUGCUUAAAAAGACAAGUCUAGUUCAGCCUACUUGUAGGUCUCAUAGAGAUGAUGCUGUGUUGGGCAGGAUUUUUAAGAUAGACUCCUGGGUUGUUUUACAAAUAUGCCAUAUUGGCAUGUCUUAAAGAGUUACCUCAAACACAGAACUUUUUAUUUAGGAGGAUAACAGCUAAAUCUUCAUUAGAACUGAUUUUUAUUGUAUUCGGUCUGUAAAUUUUAUGACGCUUGUUUCUAUGAGUAAUGUGGAAAUUUUUUAUAAAUGUGAACAUACAUAUAUAUUUGUCUGAAAUAAUUUGUAGUUUUGAAGCAGGUUUCCACUGAAUUUAUGGUUUCAUAAAUGACUAGUUUGGGGUGUUUCUCUCUUUGACUUCAAUCAUAAACCUCAGGAGCAGUGACAAAAAUUUAGGAUUAAGAAUUUUAUUCUGUAUUUUUUAAAAUUUAAGAGUCAGGGAGUUACAUCAUGAAAGCCUUUAUAUAACAAUGGAAAUUUUAUAUGAGUUAGCAUUUUCAAACACAUAGUUGUAGAUAUAAAUGUUUCUACAUUUUUUUAAUUUCUCAGUGAUACUUGGAUAUCCCUUAUGUCCAAUAAGUUAAAUACUUAUUGUAGCAGCAUCGAAAGUCAACUAAUUAUCAUGGUACAGCACCAAAGAUUGUAAGUACCUCACUGUGGUGCAGUUAUAAAUUUUCAAAUUGGUAGCCUACAGACAUGGCUGCAGGUGAAUUCAUUAUGAUGAAAUCAGGUAAGUACACAUAACCUCUCAGGCUGGAAAGGUGUACUGAUUCUUCCUUCACCCAGCACUCCUAUCUGGCAUGACCUCAGUAAGACUGGGAGAGCCUCAUAACUCCUCUUAGCAUAUGCUUACCUUGUACAGAUUCUAGGGAAGCUACAUCCACAUCCCUUUUCUAACAUUACAGCCAUGGAAGUGCUCACACUUGUAGCUUUUCCAUAACCUAACUUAGUCCUAUGGCCUCCUUAAAAAGAAAUCCUUUUGUUUAAAUAGCUUAGUCAGUUAUUUGGAGAGAAACACAGAGCUACUAGGUUUUUAAGGGUUUGUUUUGCCUUUGCUGUAGUUUAUGUAUUUUUGAAAACUAUAUUUUAGGAAAAUACAAUCCUUUGGUUAUCAGUAUGAGAAAAAUAAGUAAAAAAAAACUUUAAAAAAUUAUUAGAAAAUGCUACAUGCAAACAUAUGGUCUCCUAUUGAGUGUGUAACAUGGUUAAAAAUAAUUGUAGUGACACAAGAGUUGAUCCAGUUAUUUGUGAGUUUUACUUCUGUUAAUUGUAGAGAUAAUAAGUUGGCUUAUCAGAUUUGUUAUCUGGAUGCUGAGACAAUCAGUGGCUCAGGAGAGUUAUAUAAAAUUCAGGCCUCAUUACCUAAUAAGGGUUCGCAAAUUAAAAGAUUUUAACGUUCAGUAAUUUUUUUCCCCAGAAGAAACUCUUGGAAUUAUUCUUGAGUAAAUUUCCCAUAGUCUGAGAAUAGUUUAUGAAAGAGCUCAUCUGAAUAAAAUUCAUGUAUUUUUACUAAAGUAAUUUUCUUCUGAAGUGAUCUUGUUAUUAUUGGGUUUGGAUGCAAAUCUCACUAAUAUAUUGUAGGAGAAAAUUAGUGACAUUUCCUCUCAGGCAAUAUGUAGCAUAAGGAAAACUGAACUUAAUAGUAAAAAUCCAAAAGUCCUAGUUGUCCGCGCUUCCAUUGAAGGGGCAGGGGUUCAAUCCCUGGUCCGGGAACUAAGAUCCCGCAUGCCGCACGGUGGCCAAAAACACAAGUCCUAGUCGUUCUGGCUACCUGUGUGACCUUCAACAAAGUAAUUUACCUUCGCUGGGCCUUGAUGUCUUUCAUCUAUAAAAUAUUGUACCAAAUUAUCUCUAAGAUCCCUUCUAGUUCUUAAUAUAUAUGAUUAUCAAUACUUCAAAUAAUAUUAUUUUAGAAAUUAUUUUCAUUUAGAAUAUAAAUUAUUAUAUUCAUUUAUAAAUUGUUACAGAUAAGCAGGUAGCAUUCUGUAAACUGUAAAAGUUGAAUUUAUUAAUGUAACUGUUAAACACAUGUUACUUCUUUAAGCAGAUAAUUAGUAUUUGGUUCAUAUCCUUACCACCCAGUGUAUGUUAUUUUCACUAGAUGCAGACAGAAUUUAUGUUUAGAUUUGUAUCUGUAACCUGAUUAUCUGAAUACUUUGAGACUAUUGCUUUUAGGCUGAUGGACCUACGCCCCAUACAGUUCCGUAUUUCUUUUCUCCAUAUCUUCUGUUGGCUAAAAGCUCUCAGAGGGAUCCCCAGUUCUUCAUACUUAAUACAUAUCUGUUUACAUCUUUGGUUCUUUGAGGCUAAAACAUCAGUGAGUAAAACAACUGUGUGUGUCUGUAUUUAUGACUCAUUCUGUCUAAAAUUACAUAGGCCUAGGUUACCUUCAAUUAAACUAGAUUGAAGAGUUAUCAAUAAUAGUCUUGUUAAAUGCCAUUGGGUCCUUUCUUCAAUAAACAUUUACUGAGUGCCUAGCAUGGCAAACACUAUGUUAAAUACCAGGGAUACGGAGAUAAAUAAGACACAUUUGCUUCCCUGAAAGGAAUUCACAGUUUAGUUGGUAGGAGAAACAGCAGAACUCAUCAUUAGAUAUUAAGUGCAGUAACUGGGUUUAUAGAAACACACAGGAAUACCUAACAUAGUCUGGAGAAGUUAGAAGAGGCUACCUAGAAAAAGUAAUGCCUGCAGUGCAUUUUGAUUGAGGAUGAGAGUGGGAGUUGACAGAAUGAGUACAGUGAACAAAGCCCACAAUAGAAAAAGCUGGGGCGUGUGUGUCAAGAAUUAUAAGCCCUGUGUGGGGCAGGAGUGGUAAGAAUCGAGACCACCAUUCUAAGUUCUCAGGUACAAGAGAAGGAGGUUUUAUGUUCCAUCUAUGGGAGCUUGGCCUUUAUCUCUAAGCAAGAGACGCCAUUAGAGAGUUUUAAGGAAAGAAAUGACUUUUAUUGAGGUUUGGUUUCAUCCAUUUCAUAAUCCAAUCCCACAGGUUUUAAAGGAUGAAAUUAGUCUCAUUAAAAGCCCACAUAGAAAAUAAUUUGAGUCUUUGAUAGUCUAUUAUCUGAUCUCUUAUUCUAGGCCCACUUUUCUAAGUUCUGAUUUCUAAAAAUUACAGUCUUCUGAAAAGCUACUAUAUUCUUAAUCAGACCCAUCCCCAGAAUUACAUGCAAAUGUACAUAAUUUGAAAUGUGUUUUGCUUUUAAUUUUAUUUUAGGUUAUUUUUGACUGACAGAAUAUAUUGUGUUGUUAUGUUAGUAUUUUCAGUCGAUAUAAAUCCUUUAGAAUAUAUUUUUCAAGGCAGACCGUCGUAAUUUGGUAAGGCUUCUUUUAAUAUUUUUAAUAUUGAUUUGACUAUUUUAAUAUUUAAAUCAAUAUUACGAAGUGCAACUCCUUCAAAGUCACAGUGACACACACCAGCUGGUCUACUAGAUAGCCCUGUUGCUCUCCCCCAGGUUUCCUGGCUUGGCAGGGAGCGCUCCACAGAUUCCAACUGAUACUAAGUACUGAGACUCAAUUUUCCUGGGCAGUUGGCAUCCAAGAACAGUAGGGUUUGUUAGGCCAGCUCAAUGAUAAUUUCACUUGCGAAGCCCAGGAUCUUCCGACCUCACUUGUCUCCUCCCAACUCCUCUAAAAUUUUGCAGAGCGCCAGAGAAUUGGGUUGCCUCUUGUAGAGCACAGCCCGUGAUGCAUGCAGCCAUGCCCAGCCCCAGUUUGCCUGUCCCACAGGUUGGGAAGAGUCUGGGGAACCAGGAGCAUUUUGCUGGCCCUGAGUCUCUAAGUUUCCUGCUGCUUGUCUGGCCUCUGCUCUUCCCCUUGAGCAACAAAAGUAGACUUACCAGUGCCUUAACUAACUUCCUCAACCUAGAUUUUCACCUGAGGCAACAUCUAAUCAGUAAUAUAAUUAUUAAUAUCUGUGUAUCAAGAUAGCCAAUUUUCUGGGGGUUUUUUAUCAAAGCUGGAUAAAAGAUGAAGAAGUACCCACACUUUAUGUGCUUUCACAAAAAUAGAUGAAAAUUCUUUGCUUUUAUGACCACAUGUCAUUUUUGUAAUGGAAAUGUUUCAACUUUCAGACUUCACACACACUCUGAGCAAUUUUAAUAUUUAAACAUUGGCAAUACUGUACUCUUUUUGAAUGUGAAAUCCAACACUGGCAGAAGGGUGUUGCAAUAAUGAUCUGGAAAUAUGCUGUCAGUGUAGCCACAUGUGGCUAUUGAAAUUUAGAUUAAUUAAAUGAAAAUGUGUCUCUUCAGUUGCACUAGCCACAUUUCAAGUGCUGAGUAAGCCACAUGUGGCUAGUGGCUACCAUGCCAGACAGUGCAGAUAUAGAAAGAACAUUUCCAUCAUCACAGAAACCUCUACUGGACAGCACUGGAAUCCCCAGUUCUUAGUAGAAAUUUUGACAGGCUAAUGGCCAAAAGUUUCUAACCCUGAGUUUGCAUACCUGAGAGCCAUAAGGCAUUCCUUUCUUUUCCCCCAGCAGACCAGAGAAGCUGUAUUUGACACAUUUUGAAAGGCUAGUCUUCUAACUACAGAAACUUUGUACAAUACGGUAGAUGUGUUCAGCAGAGCCAGCCUAAAAUUAAUUUUUUUUUCCUAUUGAAUUCCAUUAUAGGACCAGGUCUGUGUUCUUAUAAUAGAAAUCACACUUAUGAAUAAAAAUCUUUUAAAACAAUUUUAAUUUGCAGAAACUGUGGUUUUAUUUCUAGAUGUCUAAGUGAUACCACUGCAGUAGCCUUAGGUUGGACCAGAAAACUAACUUGUUUGUUUUAUAACUUUCAUUCUAGAAAUUCCUUAGGAACUUUAUCAGUGAAGGAUUUUUGUUAUGGUUAUCCCUUGCAGAAAAUAUUUAUCAUGCAGAUUAUACAUAGUGAUACAUUUUGUUAUUGAAUGUUAGUUUUUAUAAAGGCAAUAAUACAGCAAAUCCCCUAAAAAAGGCAUAGGUUGAUUUCUAAGAGACUUAAGAACACACCACUUCUCAUUCAUAAGGCCGCCCCCCUCCCCGAGAUUUACUUAUCUAGUACCAUCUCUUAUAAAAAUAACUGCCUCGAGGUGUGAGAAACUUGUGAAGUGCUGGUAAUGUGACAUAAACUUCUCAUUGUUCUUCACUGACAUAGGUGUGCUUAUCUUGUUAUUGAUAAAUUCUAUAAUUUCUCCUGAAGUAUUAACAUAAUUUCAUGUAAUGUAGAAACAUCUUAAUUAGCAAAUAAAAGUAAACUUAUGCACAUGGAAAUCUAUCAGAAACCUUAGUGGGUGUUUAAUAAAUUAAUUGAAUGAUCAAAA